CCAAGAUGCCAGAUCUCACAGAUUUGCCUGCUGAACUCCUCAGUGAAAUUCUUUUUCUUGCUUUCGGAGUCGCUCCACGAUAUGAAGAGGGCUACGAUGAUGAAGGACCUCUUGAUAUCAAAUCCUUAAGCCGUCUUCUUCUCGUGAAUCGGAAACACUAUCUGGAGUUCUUACCGCUACUCUACUCCCAAUGGACCUAUAAUGGGGCCCGACAUAACUAUAGCACGCUCUGGAAAUUUUUCCGCACUGCAGUUAGAAACCCCGAACUGAUAUCCACUGUGAAGGUGCUUAACAUCGGUAACUGGGGUCUUUACGCUCCGAUUUACCAUGAUAGGAACCGCGAGCUACAGGAUCAGGACGAAAGGCUACAAUUCACAGUUGCGGACAAGGAGACCGUGAAAAUUGCGCUUCAGCGUUCAGGAUUGUUAGAAGAUCUUGCCUCCCAGAUUUCUGAUACUAUCUUAGCCGGCCGAAGUGAAUAUCAGAUUCGCGAUCGACGGCCUCUAAUGGCGCUUCUUCUAACUUGCCUCCCUUGCGUGUGGAAGGUAUAUGCGCACAUACCUGCAUCGGACCGAUUCCUAGGAGCUGUUUUGCAGGCAGCAAUAGGUCGGCAACAGACCGGUUCAGGUGGACAGUUGACGUGGCUGCCCAGCCUAAAGGAAUUUCAUGUCCUCUGUGAAGUUCCUGGGUAUUUUGAGGGAAACCCGAAGAUUGUGGAUGAAGAUAUCUAUAAUCCGUCGCUGAACUUUGGGGAUAUAUGGCCUAUACUCUAUCUUGAAGGUCUACAUAGAGUCCAUCUGUAUGACUUUGACAUGGACGGAUUCAGUCAGCUGCGCCACCACAAGAUGCAUAGCAGUGAGUUCGAGCAUGAAUGCCAUAUCGAGCACCUACAUGUUGCCACAAAAAGCAAGUCCAUCUGCAGAGCGGAGGACGUGACUGCGUUGCUUACUCUACCGGCGGCAUUAAGAAGCCUUUCUUUCUCCUGGGAUGACGACAAGGCCAAGACCAAGGAAAGGAUCAACGGCAAGAGGCGCAACGUUUGGCAAAUAUCCAACAAUGAAGUCUGGACCGCCAUCCUGAAAUAUAAGGGGACAUUAGAAUAUCUUGACGUCUUUCACGACUUUCCAUUAGAGCCACGCAAGCAUCGACUGACGGAUUACUUUGGCUCCCUUUCAGAAUUUGUGAAAUUGCGCUAUCUUUCUAUACAGGCGGAGACGAUAAUCGGUGGCUACGUUCAGGGCUUGGUAGCUCCAAAUCAAUUAAAGGAAGCACUGCCGGCCAGCCUGGAAACCCUGGUUUUCGCAGCAAAAGAUGCCGGAAAGAACAUUCAUGACCUUCCACUCCAGCUCAUGGAGGUGGUAUCGCAAUUUCCUCAUCUGACAGCCCUUGAGCUCACGGAUAACUACGCCGUAAGUGCCUCCUCUCCCCGAGGAGCAACCCCAGCCAAAUACCAACCGCUCAAAGAAGCGUGCUGUUGCAACGGUGUCCGGUUCAGUAUGGAAGACCCGUGCAGGCCUACUGUCCCAUUCCAAUACUGCCCUUUUCCUUCGGGUAUGCGGUGCGUGAGUCGAUGGAAGGAAACAUACAAUAUGCGAGUAGACGCUGGUUUCCAGUAUGAUCUAAUGCGCGACCGAGCUACCCGCAAAGCAGCAGGACUUCGAGAAACUCCGCGGCCACCUGAAACCCGGGUUUGGGCACUCAAAACACGCGUCCUCCCGUUUCAGGAUCACGGCGGAAAUCCAUCCUUCAUGGUCUUUGAGAGUAAAGAGCAUAUUCUACUCCCUCCUCUGUUCAAUUUUAACAUCUACUUCACUCAUCCCGAGGGGCCACUAGCUCAACCCAGUGACAUGGAAGAUGAUCUCCGAGCUAUGCUCGCGAGGAUUAGGACCGACAGUUGCAGUGACGAUAGCUAUCGACUUGACGUCUACUUUCUACCAAACGCCAGCAGCGAGGAUUGUAUCGCGCAUUAUGAGGCCGAGAAAGCGACCCGCGAAGGUUCAAGAGGCAUGUGUCUUGAGGCAGAGAUCAGGAUAGAUACAGAUUUCCCACCACCGACUACCCCACGACUCCCAGGCAUGCUCGAGACCUACGAUCAUUCCAGACUCAGUGGAGUGUUGUUCAUCCAUCCCGAUCGCAGCUGGAGAAACGGCGCUCAGGGCAUGCACUAUAUUAGGUAUGGAGCAGACUCUGAGCUUGGGCAGGGCUUUUACGAGGACUGGCAUGAUAUGAUUUCUGAUGGGCAUGGGCGUCUGGGCGAGGUGAUCUCGGAUCUUGCUCGAGACAAAUGGCAAGAUACUCUUGCUAUUUAUUAUGAGGCGACGCGUAGGGGGUGGACGAAUUGGUGAGGUUCUUCUCUCUCUAUCCCUGUGUUCGACAUUCUGUGCAUACACUCUCUUCAUUCAGCAGUGUAGGAAUUGCUUCAGUUUAUCUUGGAAUGACUUGGAGGCUCGUUAAAACCCUGCAUCUGUUACGGUAUUUUCCUCCGAUAAACGUUUUGCAAACAUGAGCAGUCAUUCUAUCUGCGUUGGAUACAACUUCAAUUGUUUUAAAGGGGGGCUUUCUUCGAUCAUGGUUUGAACAUCCUCUAGGACCCACAAGUCAGCCAGCUCGCAACCAACAACAACCUUAUAAUGUCAUUCUUUUACCGACUUAAGUGCGAUCUAGUGCAAUAACCUAACAAAUAAAGUCUUACGCUGGAGGUUUGUCAUACGCACUGUCUUAUAUUUCUUUGAUACCGCUAAUAAACUGCCAUGUAUAUCAAACACAAAGACAACUACAUAAUCCACCCCUUUAACUAGAUAGUUAUCAAAAC